AUGAUUCUAGCAACUCAAGCUCGUAGUCAGUGGACUUGGUUUCAAAGAAUAACGCAAGAAUUCCACAAGCGCAUCUGUCUGUUCUAUACUGGAUUGAUAAUUUUGCUCCUUGAAAUUGCUGUGGUGGCCUUUUUUGCUGAUCAUUUACCUUUCUCCCUCUCAAUGACAAUUAUUGCUUCUGGCAUUGUUUUUAUCCUCAUUUCUGGAGGGAUGGUUUUGUAUGGAUUAUGCCGAAACCCAGAAUACGCCCCUCUUCGGCCAGAAGAAUCAACAAUGAUUGUUACCGGCAUUGUGUUUUUCUUCCUCACUGGACUGAUGUACUUGCAUGAAGCUAACAAGGUAUCAGCGUUCAUACAAGAAAAAUUUUCAAGGAGCAGAAGUGCUCGGGAUCCUUCUCGCUUCCAACGAUCACUGAAGAUCCAGCUGCUGCCUCUCGCUCUGGCUUUUCACGAAACUCCUGCAGAUUUUCAUGUGCACACAGGUGACCCACCCAAGACCACAGGUGCCCAGCUCAUGGCCCUCCUCACUUGCAAUGCCCCGAUCUUGUCCAUGGUCCUGUCCUGUACCAGCACUCUUCCUUGGAGGAACUAUCCUCCUCCGUUUCUUGGUGGCGUUGACACCAUCCCCAGUUCCAGGGAUGAACGGAGCUCCCUGGAUCCCAUCCACCAUUCCAGAAGGACCAGUUCCAGGUGGCUUGAGUCCCAGAGGUUGGAGGCAGUAGAAAUUAUGGGCAAGAUUAAUCAGAGGAUGGGGGAGGAAAAGCCAGCUGGGAACAGUUCUCAGGAUGGGUGCGUCCCGGAACCGCUUGGCCCUUUAUUGGCUCCACCCCGCGGCCCCAGCCCGGCGGGGACCGCGCGCCUGCUUCAGGGGCGGCCCCGGAGCCCAGAGCCGAGGGUCGCCGCCGCCCGGCCCGACGUGGCGCCGCCACCGCCCCCAGUGCCGACGCUCGCGGGCGCAGCCAAUGGCGGCCUCUGCCGAGCGGCGGGCGCGGCCUCCGGCCGCCAGAGGGCGCCGCACGGGUGUAGCGGAGCCACCGCCACCACCGGUCGCAAAGGGAAGCUGCAAGCAAGCGCCCAGGCCGCCGCCGCCGCCGUUGCCCGCUCAUCGCGCGCCACUGCCUGCCCGUCGGCGCGGCCGUCCCCGCAGAAUGAAGACCUGUCAGUUCCCAUUAGCGUGAAUUUCCUGUUGGGGACGGUCAUUGCAGGGGUGUGGUCCAGCUGGAAAGCUCUGGCUGGUCCCGAGAGCUUGUGCCUGCACCCUGAUUGGGUGAAUUUUUCUGGAGUCGGUGGCUUUGAAGUGCCCACCUGUCUGUCGCAGCUGCAUGUGUUUUUCAGAGCCCAGCCCAGGGCCAGCGUAGCCGUGCUCGACCUCCUGGCACGCGCGGUGCGGAAUUGCUCUGUGGAUAGGAAUUCAGGCUCGGAGCCAGCCUGGCCGGCUCGGCCACUUCCAGGCUGUGUGAUCCUGGACUAUUUGCGCCACUUCUCUGUGCUUCCGUUUCCUCUUAAGUACCUACCUCGCAGGGUUCUUAGGAGGAUUAGAUGA